ACUAAGUUGGCAUCAUGGCUUCCAGUGCAGGAAUCGUCCCUGAGGAUGGUGAGAGCAGCAAGAAUGCUACACUGGAGAGAUGCCUGAAUGUGUUUAGAGAUGCAAGUAAUGAUAGCGAACAGUUUGCUGCUCUGCUUCUGGUGACCAAAGCUGUAAAAGCUGGAGAAAUCAACUCCAAAGCCCGCCGGAGGAUCUUUGAUGCCAUUGGCUUCACCUUCCCAAACCGGCUUCUAACUUCCAAGGAUACCCCUGAGGGCUGCCCGCAGCACACAUUCCAGGCCCUUGGCCUUACCCUGCUGGCCUGUUUCUGCACUGACCCCGAUUUAGCCAGGCACCCCCAGAUCCUCAACAAAGUCCCCAUUUUCAAUGAUGUGAUUUCAUCCGACAGCCCUGUAGAUGCUUCCUGUAAUUCCAUGAUUGACGACACUUACCAGUGCCUCAGAGCUAUCCUGGGCACUCCCAAGGGUCCCAGAGAGUUGGUGAACAGGGGAACUCUCUCGGCGCUGUGCGUGGCCUACGUGAGCCAUGGCUAUGGCUACGAUCAGGCCCUUCAGCUGCUUGUAGGGCUCCUGACGGCGGUCGAAGCCAAGUGCUGGCAGAGGGCCACUCUUGACCUCAUGAGUGUUCUUAACAAGCUCAGUACAGAAUUCCAGAAGGCUGAAGACAUGACCAAAUUCCAGAUGUGUGAAGUGCUGCCCCGCUUUGUGCCUCCCAUCCUUCCACCCACUUCUGAAUGCCUCCAACCCCUCUAUCGAGGCCUCUCCAGCAUCCUGACCAGUAAGCUGAGCCCUUCCCAGCGAGACCCAGCCUUGAAGCUGGCAGCCUGCCUGUCUCAAGCCUGCGGCUCAAGAUGGAUUCCAGCGGGGAGUGCUGGCAGCAAGUUCUUUGCCUUAUUGGCCAAUCUAGCCUGUGUGGAAGUCCGUCUCACCCUGGAGGAACUGGACCUGACUCAGGUGGACAAGAAGCAGGAGCUCAUGGCUGCUUGUUAUGUCCUGAUGGAGCUCGCGAUUGCAGAAUGCACCCGGGAGAAGGGGUCACUGCUGCAGAAUACGCAGAAAGUGCAGUUGGUGAUGAUCCUGGAGGAAGCCUUCAGGGCUGUCAUCCAUUACUUGAGACAGGUGGGACAGAAGAAGCUGGAGGAUCCUUUCAUCUUUGCCUCUGUUCGAAUCCUUGCAGCCUGGUUGGCUGAAGAGACUUCUUCCCUCAAGCAGGAGAUCUGUGAACUCCUCCCAUUCCUCAUCCGAUAUGCCAAAAUGCAAUUUGAAGAGGAAAGGAGAAGCAGAAGUGGUUUGCAACAUGAGAUGGAGCAGGCUGGGCAAGGCAGCGCCCAGGAACCCAUUUGGCGAGGGGAUGCUCUGAGGUUCCUGCUGCCUGGUUUAAGCCACCUGACUGCAGAGGAUCGACCCCGAGAGAUCCUCAUUUCAGAGGGGGCACCCAUUCUCCUGUGCCAGUAUUUUCUGCACCGUUGGGAGACGUUUGUUUUAAACUCCGAAACAGUGUCUGCAACCAAAGCUGUGGAAUCCAGUCUUCAAACAUCCUGUGAAAUUUUUCUGAAUUUUGUUGUCACUGCUCCAGAUUUGAUCAGCCGGGAAGAUUGCUUUGCCACCUUGAUGGACACCUUGCUGAAAUCUCUUCCUUCGCUGCUGCCGCAGAGGGAUCAUCUGAGCCUGACAGCCAAUGUGACAACACUGGGGCUCAUGAUGGCCAAAAGGCUGUUCGCUUAUCCAGGUCUCCAGGGGACUCCGGAAGCGGAGGGCUUCUUCGUGGCUGCCAUCCGUUUUCUGGCGGAUGCCUACAUUGCCCAAAAGGGUCCUGACGGGGAGGGCAUGAUCCUGAGCGUGGCUCCUACCUACAAGGCAUCCUGGCCAGUUGUCCGCGAGCUGUGGUUCCUGAGCAUGCAGGCCUUUGCCAGCUGCGUGCCCCUCUUCCUGUGGCUGCCCCAGGAUGUCUUGCGCUCUGGUUGGCUUCAGGAGCUCCUGGCUGCACUGGGGCGGGUGUCUCCGAAGUCGGUGGAAUUGGAAGUGGUGCGAGCUUACCAGGGCAUCCUGGUGGAGCUGGCCCGAGCCAGCCAACCCUGUUUGGAGAUGAUCCAGCAGCACCGGGGGUUGGAGCUGGCCAACCUCUAUGGCAUGGCGGCCCUGGAGCAGUGCCUGUCUGAGCAGUGAUCAGGCUCAGGCGUGCGUGGUGGUAGGAGAAAAAAAAGUGUUUUCCCUGAAGCAGUUUGAUCAUUCUGUUUCACGCAGAUGGAUGUUCUCUCAUCGGUAGGACAUGAGAUAUGGCAGGCCUCUCUUCUUCCCAGAUGGCUGUGCAAAGUUACAAAACAUGACGUGAUUCCGAUUAUUUAUUUAUUUACCUAUUUAUUUAUUUAUUAUUUUCAUGCUGCCUCUCAGAGCAGAAAAGCCCUCUCAAGGCAGCGCACAGGAACAAGGUACAAUCAGUUUUAAAAAUUAGAAAAGAGCAGCGUAAGACAAACCCGAGACCAAACGUCUGGGGAAAUUGUCCUAUUUAAAAAGAUAUAAUAUGCCAUGGCGGGUGAUAAAAAUCCAUUCCAUUAAUUAAAAUGUUGAAGUGAAAAGGGCUCUAAGGCCCAUUCUUUAAAAAACAAAUAGACAAAGAGGGGGGCCGAGAGUAUGUUUGUGGCUGGGAGUUCCACAAAGACGGGACCACCACUAAAAAGUCCAAUGAUGUCGUCUAACUGCAUGUUUCCUAGCUCUCUGUGAUAUCGUAGAGUAACAUGAAGCAAAAGUCUUUACCUGCUGGCAGUAACACAAUCGCACAAUGUAUGCCAAUGCACGUUAGUGCUGCUCGGUUGACUCUAAUGCACUGUGAAGAAAGCUAGUUUUGCUCUGGAGAGAAAGCAAAUAGGUGUGGAAGGAACUCUGGUAGUAUCCUAGUGCAGGAAGGGAGGGAUAUUUAUCUCUGCUUAUAGCUACUGUACCCAAAGUGUCCUUUGCUAACCUUCAUCAGGCUUCUGGGUAAAUCAUGCCUUUACCAUCAAAGGGCACAAUGGGUAGAUCUCAGGCCAUCCAAUCAUUGAUUGCCUCAGGACUCUGACGUUGUUGAAGCUCUUUUCUUGAGGAUGCCAAGAUGUUUUUUUUUUCUCUUAGACAUUUAAUUCUAAUGAUUUAUAUAAACAAAACCUUUUGAGGAUUCAAAUUCUUCCAAGGCAGCUUACAGUUAAAACUCAAACUACCAAAAACAAGCUUAACAAGGCAACGGCGCCCUUUUGUCAUGGGGCAGCUGCUGUCAAGUUUGCACGUUUUGGUUUGGGUCAAUCAUGAAACUUAUAUCCCACUUUUCAAGCCAAAUAAAAAAAAUCCACCCAAGUGGCCUACAAUUUUUUAACAUAUAUAAAAAUAAAGGAGAAAACUAUUUAAAUAUAAGUAAAACCAAUCCAAAAUGUAGUGUGCGGAGGGAAAGGACACUCCAGCCGGAGGAGGCACAGAGCUCUCCUGGCCUGUCUCCCCGGCUGGCCUGCUCUUUCCAAUGGGACUGCUAGUAGUAGGUGGCCCUGUGCAGGAAGGGUACAAGACGUAGCAACAAGAGGUGGAAGAAUGGGUUCCCUUCGAAUCCACUGCUGUUCGUGGAAGAGGCGUUUUCCUGGGCCAAAUAGUUAAAAGAGGGAUCUAAACUCUCCGGACUGUGAACGCUUGCUUGUUUUGGCUUCUCUGUAUUGUUCAGCAUGGAGGCUCCUUGCAUGCAGCCAGUAAAUAUUAUGUUCUUGAGUCUGGGGCAGGAUCAGCCUGUGGAGCUCUGGCCUUGGCUCAUUCUCCUGGUGUUUUCAGUUCAGUAAAUAAAAGUGUUUUGUCUUGUAA